AGAACCUGGUGCCUGCCCCAGACCUAGCCCUGGGGAAAUGAAAGCCAGGCUAGGGUUCAAAUAAGGGCAGUUUCCCUUUCUGCGGGCUGCUGAUGGAACAACCCAGUGACUAGAAGGACCCCGCCUCCGAGCGGCCACACACCGUGUGUCUCUCUGUCCUGCCAGCACUGAGGACUCAUCCAUCUGCACAGCUGGGGCCACUGGGAGGAGACGCCAUGACCCCCACCCUCAUGGUCCUGUGCUGCUUAGGGCUGAGUCUGGACACCAGGACCCACGUGCAGGCAGGGCCCCUCCCCAAACCCACCGUCUGGGCUGAGCCUGGCUCUGUGAUCAGCUUGGGGAGCCUUGUGACCAUCUGGUGUCAGGGGACUCUGGAGGCCCAGUGGUACUGUCUGGAUAAAGAAGGAAGCCCAGCCCCCUGGGACAGACAGAACCCACUGAAACCCAGGAACAAGGUCAAGUUCUCCAUCCCAUACAUGACAGAGCACUAUGCAGGGAGAUAUCACUGUUACUAUCACAGCCAUGCAGACUGGUCAGAGCUCAGUGACCCCCUGGAGCUGGUGAUGACAGGAGCCUACAGCAAACCCACCCUCUCAGUCCUGCCGAGUCCUCUUGUGACCUCAGGAGAGAGCGUGACCCUGCUGUGUCAGUCACGGAGCCCGAUGGACACUUUCCUUCUGUUUAAGGAGGGGGCAGCCCAUCCCCUGCUGUAUCUGAGAUCAGAGCACGGAGCUCAGCUGCACAGGGCUGAAUUCCCCAUGAGUCCUGUGACCUCAGUGCAUGGGGGGACCUACAGGUGCAUCAGCUCACGCAGCUUCUCCCACUACCUGCUGUCACGCCCCAGUGACCCCCUGGAGCUCACAGUCUUAGGAUCCUUGGAGAGUCCCAGCCCCUCACCCACAAGGUCCCUCUCAGCAGCUGCAGGCCCUGAGGACCAGCCCCUCAUGCCUACAGGGUCAGACCCACAGAGCGGUGAGUGA